AUGGCUGAAAUCAUUCUGUCUGCCGUGCUCCCAAUUGUUUUUGAGAAGCUAGCCUCUAUAGUCGCUAACAAGUUUGCUGAUCGCUCCAAGGAAAUUGAUUCCGAGCUCAAGAAAUGGAACGCGUCCUUGGUCCAGAUCAGCAAGCUUCUUAGUGAUGCUGCCGAGAGAGAAAUAAAAGACGAAAGCGUGAAGCAUUGGCUGAAUCGUCUCCGACAUUUGGCAUAUGACAUUGACGACGAACUCGAUGCUUUAGCAACUGAUGCUGCUAUGCAUUGUGAGCUCACUCAUGAUCAGGAACCUCCAAGAAACAUAGCCAGCAAGGUAAAAAAGCUAAUCCCAACUUGUUGCACUGCAUCAUCAUCAUCAUCACCAUCAUCAACUACCAAGGUGCAUUAUAAAAAAUUAAAUGAAAUUACCACCGAGUUACAAAAACUGUAUGAUGAAAAAGAUGAUCUUGGUUUGACUAUCAAAGGUAAAAGGUCGUCACAAGAUAAAAACAGAAGUUAUCAGACUUCUUUGUUAACACCUGGUAUUGUUGGACGUGAUGCUGAAAAGGACGUUCUGCUCCAGAAGCUGUUGCCUGAUCAUGAUGAAGCAACAGCUAACCAAUACAACUUUAGCAUCGUACCCAUUGUUGGUAUGGGUGGGAUGGGCAAAACCACUCUGGCUAGACUUUUGUAUAACGAACCAAAAGUCGAGAAAUACUUUGAACUCAAGGCCUGGGUUUGUGUCUCAGAUGAGUUUUCUGAUAGCUUCAAAAUCAGCAAACUUAUCUAUGAAUCCGUAGGCGGUGAUCAAGAGAAGAAAUUCCAAAAUCAAGAUAUGCUUCAACAAGCGCUUAAUAAUAAACUUUCUGGGAAACGAUUUCUGCUAGUUUUGGAUGACGUGUGGAGCGAAAAGAUUGAAGAUUGGGAUACAUUAGUGCCUCCAUUAUAUGCGGUGGCCCCCGGAAGUAAGAUUAUCAUGACAACUCGAACAGAAAAAUUGACCCAACAGUUGGGAUGUGAUGACCCGUUCUAUUUGAAUAAGCUAUCAGACGGCGAUGCGUUGUCUUUGCUUGCUCAGCAUGCACUGGGUGCAAAUAACUUUACUUCAUUUCCAAAGCUCAGGUCAUAUGGUGAGGGCAUCGUGCGAAAAUGUGGUGCUCUUCCUUUGGCUAUAAAAUCUCUUGGAAGUUUGUUGAGAAGCAAGAAAAAAAAUGAAGAAAAAUGGAAGGAGAUGCUGGAAAGCGAGAUAUGGAGUUUAGAAGAUGAUGCUGGUAUUCUUCCAGCUCUUCGACUGAGCUACCUUCAUCUUUCUGCACAUCUCAAGCAUUUAUUUGCAUACUCAUGCUUGUUCCCUAAGGAUUACGUGUUUGAGAAGGAGGACUUGAUUCUCCUAUGGAUGGCGGAGGGGUUUUUGCUUGGAUCAAGAUCUAGCUUGUCAAUGGAAUGCUUGGGUGAGGAAUACUUUGAUGAGUUAUUGUCAAGGUCAUUUUUUCAGCAUGUGCCUGACGACGAGUCGUUAUUCGUGAUGCAUGACCUCAUGAAUGAGUUGGCCACAUCGGUUGCCGGAGAAUUCUUUACAAGGUUAGACGUUAAUUUGAAGAAUACAAAUGAAAAGCUAGGUUUGAAAAAGUACCGACAUAUGUCCUUUGUCCGUGAGGAAUUAAUAUCUCUCAAAAAGUUCAAGACAAUUGAAAAGCCUAAUGCUUUAAGAACAUUUUUGGUAGUGCCAGUUGUGGCGAGAGAUGACUCAUGGAAGAGAUUCUACCCAUCCCAACAAAUUUUGGUCGACCUACUUCCGAGUAUGCCAUUGUUAAGGGCUCUUUGCUUGAGUAAGUUAGAAAUAGACGAGAUACCAGAGUGUGUUGGUGGGUUAAAACACCUGCGCUAUCUUAAUGUAUCCUUAACUCCAAUCACACAUUUACCCGACAGUGUUUGCAAUCUUUAUAAUUUGCAAACAUUGAUUGUGUUUGGCUGUGAGGAGCUGAAUGAGUUGCCCAAAAACUUCCUGAAACUUAAAAAUCUACGACAUUUUGAUGUCAGAGACACUCCUCUUUUGAAGAACAUGUCGUUAGGUGUUGGCGAGAUGAAAAACCUGCAAACUCUCUCCAAGAUAAGUAUUAGGGAAGAGAACAAGUUUCCAACAAGCGGGCUAAGGAACUUGAAUAAUCUUCGCCGCAAAGUUUGCAUUGAUGGGUUAGAUAAAUUGCAAAACAUUGAUCAAGCAGGGAAGCUGAACCUGUCACAAAUGAAGCUUAGUGAGUUAGUGAUGGAAUGGAGUGAUGACUUUGAUGGGUCUCGAAAACAAAGCCUUGAAACAGAGAUCCUGGUCCUGGAUGUGCUUAAGCCUCAUAGCAGUAAUUUGAAAAAUCUUAGAGUUGUGUCAUAUGGGGGCACAAAGUUUCCAAAAUGGGUUGGGGAUUCCUCGUUUUGCAAAUUGAAUGUUGUUUCUUUGUCUAACUGUAGAAAUUGUUUGUUUAUGCCACCACUUGGGCAGCUGCCAUCGUUGAAGCAGUUGUUCAUUGAUAGCAUGGAUUAUGUGAAAGAGGUAGGUUCAGGGUUAUUCGGGAAUGAAUUUCCAGCUUUCCCUUCACUUGAGAUUCUAUCGUUUUGUAAUAUGCGACGAUGGGAGGAAUGGUUAGUCAAUGCGGUGUUUCCACGCCUUGAAGAGCUUCGCAUAAAUAAUUGUCCUCAUAUGGAACGAUGGGAGGUGAAUGCCGAUGUUAUAGUGUUUCCAUGCCUUGAAAAGCUUGAUGUAAGUUGUUGUUCUAAUUUGGUUAAAGUCUCACUUGAAGCAUUACCUUCUUUGAGGGUUCUGAAAAUAAACUAUUGUAAUGAUGGAGUACUGAAAAGUCUGGUUGGUGUAGCUUCAUCAGUAACCAAUAUGACAAUGGCGAAUAUAUCAGGACUUAGUGAAGAGGUGUGGGGUGACAUUGUACAGUAUCUUGGGGUUCUUGAAAAAUUAAGCAUCGAGUGUUGUUAUGGACUAAAGAAUUUGUGGGGAUCAGAAGAAGCAGAUGCAUGUAAGGAGGUUCUUGGUAAUUUAAAACAGUUGAAUAUAUUUCAAUGUGAGAAAUUGGUGAGAAUAGGAAGAGGAGGAGAGAAAGAUGAGGAGAGGAGCAACCUCCCAACAUCUCUUAGGAUGUUAAAGAUAAUGUCUUGCGAUAAGCUGAAGCAUUUGAGUUGUCCUGACAGCAUUGAAACCUUAGACAUCCAGGGUUGUCGGAAUUUGGAGCAUUUGAGCUGUCCAGCCAAUACCAUUCAAAAGUUGACAAUCAAUGCUUGUGGGUCAGUAACAGUAACAUCUGCCUCCUUCCCAGCAGGAGGGGGAGAAGGAGGAUGGAAGAAGCUCAAGUCACUUGAAGUUUUACGCAUAUGGUCCAUGGGGCCAGAAAAUCUGAUAUCAAUGACGAAAGCUACAUGUUUCCUUCGGAAGCUCGUGAAUUUGGAAAUAGAAUAUUGUGGGGGAAUAGAGUCAUUCCCUGAUUUGAAGGAUCUAGUGUCGUUAAAGCAUCUAAGAAUCUAUGAGUGUAAAAGUAUGGAUGGUCCUCCUCCACUUGUUGGAAGUGGGGUUUGGCCUUCUAAUUUGGAUUCCUUAGAUAUAGGGAGGUUGAAGAGGCCCAUAUCAGAAUGGGGCCCGCUCCCCCCCUCGCUCGUUCAACUAAAUCUAUGGGGUGUAUAUAACGGAUAUCAAUCAGAAGAAGAAGAAGAAGAUGUCAAGAGUUUCCCAACCUCCUCACUUCUUCCUCAUUCAUUAUCAUCAUCUCUUACUUCACUUGGUUUAGGAUGUUUUAAAAGAAUGGAAAGAAUAUCAGAGGGACUCCAACACCUCACCUCCCUCCAACAUCUCUCCAUUUGGAUGUGCCCAAGGUUGAAAGAUCUACCAGAAACUCUGUUGCCUACACUUUUGAGUCUGGAAAUAAGAAAUGGCCUAAAUGAAGAACUGAAAGAAAAGAUGACGAGUAGAGGAAAAUCCUAUGGGCCCUUUCUCUCCCAUAUCCCCAAACUCGAAGUCUUCAUAUAA